AUGGAAGUGUUCAACAAUAUCACUAAUAAAACUGACAAGGCAGGUUACAUUUACAAGUUAAUAUUAUUACUUGAAAAACGGGCAGGACUAAGCAGUAAUUUGAUUGUGGCUCCAGAUGAUAUCAGUUAUGAUGAAUUAGUUGAAAGUGUUGAAAACAGUACCUAUUCAAUUGUUAUGGCCGAUCUAGCUCAAACUCCAAGGCGUUCCGAGCAAGUUGAUUUCAGUGUAUCAAUCUAUAAUAAUUAUAUGCGACUAGUAAUCAGAAAAAGUGGAAAAGUGUUCGCUCCUUGGCACGCAUUUGUUCUACCAUUUGAUGGCAACGUCUGGUUGGUUAUAGGUAUUACGUUGGGCAUGUCAGUUAUACUAAUUUGUGGAUAUGAAAAAGUAGAGGGAAAGACGCGACCAGAUAAGAAAAAAUCUGAUAUCUGCAAUCAAUCGAUAUUACGAUCAUUUCUGAAAUCAUUCUAUCAUACAGUCGGUGCUAUGGCACAAACUGGAAGUGAAAUGCGAGUGAAAUUAUUUGGUGGUCGAGGUCGAACCAUUCUUCUUUGGUUGACAAGCAUUUAUCUAGUGUCAUUUCUACUAUGA